AUGGAACAUAGUGAAAACAUUAAGAAGAGAUAUGUCAAUCAUUCUGAUAUGAAAUUAGAAAAAUUCAAAAAAGCUGCAUAUGAAGUUAUUGAAUAUAAAGAUAAGAUAAUCAGAAUGUUAUGUGCAAUUUUGGAGGUACAGGGGAUUACUACUGUAAAUAUUAAAGAAUACAUUUCUAGUAACAACGAACCAUCUUUGGAUUCCUUUCUGGAUAAUAAUCAAUAUGAAUCAAAAGGAUAUAAAAAAAAAACAUCUUCCAGAAAAAGGACAUUAAUAAACGUACCUGAUUUUAGAACACUGAAAAAAAACAAAGAACUGAAUUUGUUUUCUAACCCUGAUAAAAUGAAUGAGGAGUUAAUUAAGGAAAAGAACUUUUCAGAUUCUGUACUGAGUUCCUACCGAAUGUCUUUAGAUGAUAAGAAAUUACAAAAUAAAAUGAUUGAUAAU